CGCAAGAAGCUGAACCCACCACCAUGUCCACGAUCUACGACCGCCAUUCCCACCAUCCUCCUAUUCCUAACAUGCCGCAGCUUCGAUAACAUACCCAUCAAGAUGCGGCGCUCAGCUCGGCUCUCUGGAAUAAACGGGGUUCCAGAAGAGCAGGAUACCGACAGAGCAGAGGACGCGUCGCAAGACGUUACCGCGAUUCUCAAUGCAGAAGCUGGCGGCCAGGCCCAGCAGUCGACUCCAAAGCGCAAACGCGAGUCUACGCUGACGUCCUAUGCUGGACGUUCCCCGAACAAGAGAAGAGCUGCGGAACUUACAUCGACGUCGACGCCUGCGAACCCGACAAAUGCCCACUCCUCAACACGAUCCUCCGGUCGGCUUCAUGCGCGGGUUUCCCUUGCACCUCGCCCGCCAGUCAGCCGACGUGAUCAAUACGAGCUACCCGAUUCCCCACAAGCUGUUGCAUCAACGCGUCCGGCUAUUGAGCCUCCGAAGAAGCUGAGGGCUUUGAAUAAGACCAAACAGAAGCAGUUGCCAGUUUCACCCUUUCGGGGCAAGGGAGAGCUUGAUAUCAGGACGACUGCUACUGUCUAUUUGGACGACUCUCCCAGGAAAAUACCGACAAGAAACAAGCUGCAAAAGAUCGGAACCUCCAUCCUGAAGUUGCGUCCUACUACGCACCAGAACGACUCGAGCAACGCCCCGUUCGAUGGUGAAGACGUCCUCGCGGAGGCAUUCAGACAGCCUGAUGGUCCAGAGACUCCAGUACUGCCACCUGCUCAGGUAUCUGCAUCCACAGCUGUUGAGCCUCAGCCCACUCCUGCGAGGAAAUCUCCUAGCAAGAAACCAAGCCGGGGAGGAGUGGGGCCAGGCCGAACGCCUGAGAUUGUGCCUGGAGAACCUGAAUCAGCACAGGACUCUCGAGCUUCGAAAGUAGUAAAUUCGCUGGCGCACGCUGCAUUACAGACUCGGCAUGAGCAGAGCUAUCCGAAUCGAGUCGCCGCUUCGCCAAAAAGGCGUGCCCCAGCCCGCCGUCAGGCAGGUCCCCAGGAAGCUGCUGAUGAGGGAAUCGAUGAGCAGGAACCAGAUGAUCAGGUAGAUGAGCAUUCGGCAUCUGAAGCCGAGCAAGAUGAGCCAGCAUCAGCACCAGAAGCAGAUCGAGGAGAAGACGACGGGGAUCGAGCAGAAGAGGAUGAUUUACAGGGAACGGCCAACCAUGCUUCAAGUCAGCGCCCAGAGACUGAAGCUGAGAGGAGGAGAAGAGAGCAAUUAGAAGCUGAAGAGGAAGUCAAGCGGCAAGAGAGAAUACAGACUGCCAUGCGAGGCAUCGAAACCGCGGCGCAGCUCUAUGAAUGUGGGCCAGCCUGGGAGGAGGCUCUUGUAGGUGCGGCUGAAGUUGUGGAACGUCGAGCCCAUACAGAGCCAACUUCAACUCCCGGCAGAGCAGUAGCACGACCACUGAAGAUCCUGAUCAAAGCGUACAAAAGGCUUGGGCGCGUGGAGCCCGAAGCUCUUUCACAGAACAUCAGGACAAUCCGGGAGAAUCGUCGUAUUUUCAAAGAACGAUGUGAGCACAUCAGCAGCUACAAAAUCCGACCUGACAUGACGCACGACCGUCAGCGCAAAAAGAUGGUCAGGGACAUUUUCGAGCACCUCGUUCCAGACUCGAUGAAGUUGGCGAAAUAUGUACUAAGGGCACAAUUCCAAGAUGGUGAUCUGAGCCCAACCGCACUCAAAGACGUGGUUCGUGUUUUGCAGAUCACAAUGUUGUUGGUGAAAAGUGCCAAUGUAUGGUUACCCCGGCCGAAUUUCGAUAACCCCAACAAGUCGAUAAUGAAGUCGGAAAUUGCACCGAAUGUUGCCUAUAUCAUCCGACGAUACUCUGAUGAGAUCGCGCCGGAAGAAUUUGAAAAGUAUCGCAAUGAUCUGGAGGUUAAGCAACGGGCCGAGCUACAGAGACUGAUGUCCCGGUUUGAAUGUAAAAGGGCUGCGGUCAGGGAGAGAUAUCGCCGCCAUGCAACUCGGACCAAUCAGCACCCUGAGUCAGAGGUUAUUGAUAUUGAUGAGCUUGAUGUGGACGACCAGCAUCGUGCCAAUGAUGAUCAUGGAGCAACAGCCGUACAGACUCUGUCUGACCGUGGCUCACACCGAUCCCAGCCCAGAAGGGAGCCUACUGAGGAAAUACCGGCUCCUCCUCCGCUGGCAAUGGAUGACAAGGAGAAGAUAGUCUUGCUCCACGCGCUGCAAGUCUACACUUCGGGGACGAGAUUUCAAGACAUCAUGGAUGCAUAUGGAGGAGACGGGGGCAAGCUUAGCCGGUUUGAUAUGGAUCAGAUCAUGGCGCAGGCACGUUUCUUCAAACAGACUAUGGCAUUACAAUUGCAGGAUCAAUCUGACCGACAAUGGGAUUUCCUGCGCUCAGUGCCCGACUGAGACCGGACAUUGAAUGAGCGUCUCUUGUUUCGGAGGGUGUGUAUGAUCUGUUGGGCGUUGGAAAAGAGAUACCCCUGUAGCAUUGUUGCAUGCAAUUGAAUAUAGAUGCCUG